GUUUCUGGUUUCAGAGAUUUAAGGUUCAUUCAUAUGUAUCUCUGCAUCUGUCAAUCAUUUUCUAGAGAAAAAGAGUAGAUUAUAUAGAGAUCAAUAUCAAAUUACUUUCUAGAGAGAGUAAAUGAGAGAGAGAGUAGAUAUAGAGAUUACUUUCUAGAGCCCGUUCAGAAGUCGUAUGGUCAAACUCUCACGUAUGUAUUCACAAUGUAAUGUUUAAAAAUAAUCACUUUCUAAAUUCUAUAUAGAGAGAGUAAAUUAUAGAUAGGAAAUUUGAGAGAGUAAUAGAGUCAGUUAUGAGCAUAACACGAUAAUGAAUACAUCUCUACCUUCUCUAAAAAGUAGUUUCAAAUUUUCACCUUUGUCUUCUUUUUUUCUUUUCUUUUUUUAUAAUUGGGAGUCGAAACUUUGCUCCUAGUAAUAAUUGGGAGUCGAAGCUUUGCUCCCCUAUACCAGGGGCUACUGCGCCCACCCCAAGGCCCGGAUCCAAGAGACAUAAAGGGCUUUUAGUAUUAAACUCACCAGAAGAUUCGAACCUGAGACCUUUAAAUCGGUAUGAUUAAGAGGCCUCAAAUCCUUGCCGGCCGAAAAUUUUCACCAGUCUUACAAUAUAAUAUUCUAAAAAGCACUUUCUAAAUUCUAUAUAGAGAGGGGAAAGAGUAAAUUUCAGAGAGAGAGAGAAAGUAGAUGGUAGAGUGAGAGUAGGGAGGUGCCAAAAACGCAGGGGGGAGCCAGUUUCUGAGGCUUCAAAUCCGGGGUUUGUAAGUGGUAUCUUGAGGGAUUUAACAUUGCAAGACAAGACAAAAAGCAGUGGAGGGUAAUGCAUUAUUUGGCACUCUAACUUUGAUAUAAAAAUUCUAAAAUUAUAAGCGUCAACCCCAUGUGACAUUGAGUGCAUUUCUCAUUUCCAAACACUCUUUCUCAUAUCUUACACUUCCUUUUCUCUUUUAUAUACAAUCCCAAAAGCUUCUUCCUUCUUCUAACUCUCCCAACUUCUUAUUCAUAUCUCUACUUUCUGGACUGGACAGCCCUUUCUCAACUCAUUUUCACCAACUUUAUAUCUCAUUCCAAUCUGUUCACAGGUUUCUCAGCUCACAGGUAGCUUUUGCCCAGCUUCGCCGUGACAAUAUUGGUCAGUUUCAAGUUGCAGGUUAAGAUGGGUAUGUUUCGGAAUCCUACCACGAGAAAUGGAGACUAUUUAGAAGGGAUGAUCAGUGAUUAUGUUGGAGGAAAGGGAAAGUUGAGACCUACAAAAAGUUCUUCAACAAAGCUUGUUGCUGCUCUCACAUGUCUCCAGUUUGCCUUUGCCUUAUAUGCAACAUUCCUACUCUAUUAUGUGAGCCCUGCAAUAGACUUGAGAACCAAACCAGACUUCUCUUGGGCUACUAGAAUUGCUCAACAAUGGAGACAGUUUGUAAUACCGACCCAUGUUGUGGGCCGAUACCAAGAACCGACCUCUCUGAUACAAGGGGAAUUCAGACCGAUCACUCCAGAGGAAGCUUGUGAGAAUGAGAAGAUUGAUUUUGAGCAGAAGAAGUCCAACGAUGCGCAGAUGAUAAAGUUAAAAAGAGAGCUUUACAAUGAGGUUCUAGAUUUUCAAAGCAAAAGCUUUGGAACUGAAACUCUUUCUCAGCUAAUGGGAAUGAAGUCCAAGUGGGAUUUGAGAGGGCCAAACAAGCCAAAAGUUACUGUGAUCUUGAACCAUUUCAAGAGGAAAACUCUGUGUGCUCAGCUUAAUUCUUUGCUUGAGCAAACCCUUCCUUUUCACCACGUUUGGGUUCUUUCAUUUGGGAGUCCAAAUGAGCUCUCUUUGGAAAGAAUUGUAGAUAGCUAUAAUAACUCAAGAAUUAGUUUCAUUAGUUCAAGUUAUGACUUCAAGUACUAUGGAAGGUUCCAAAUGGCUUUACAGACUGAAGCAGAUUUGGUAUAUAUUCUUGAUGACGACAUGAUCCCCGGCCGCAAAAUGCUACAGAUUUUGUCUCAUGUAGCAGGGACAGACAAGUAUAAGAAUGCAGUUUUGGGCAGCAUAGGCAGGAUUUUGCCAUUUCGGCAGAAGGAUUUCACAUUCCCAAGUUAUCGAAAGUUCCGUUCCAAGGAAGCAGGGCUUUACUUGCCUGAUCCUGCUUAUGACAUCACCAUCGAUAAAAUUGUGCAGGUCGAUUUUCUCUCCAGCUCUUGGUUCUUAUCUGCGGAGCUUGUCAAGACACUUUUCAUUGAAACGCCCUUCACCUUUGCAACUGGGGAAGAUCUCCAUCUAAGCUAUCAGCUUCAAAAAUACAGAAAUGCUGGCUCAUUUGUUCUUCCCGUAGACCCAAAAGACAAGGAAACCUGGGGUGACAGUGAACACAGGCUGGCUUAUGUGUCUGAAACCACUGUGAUAUUUAAGGACAUUGUUCAAGUUCGAGAUGAUCAAUGGUGGAAAGCGCUUUCAACUGGUUAUAUCACACAAUGGGCAGCCAUGCAUCCUCAAAAGAUAGAUGCUCUAUUCUAUGCUCAUUCUGUUGAUGAAGUUAAAGCACUAGCGCCACUUCUCGAAAAGUUCAGGUCCACUGUUGGCAAGAAGGCUUAUAUUGUGGUGUCGGGAAGCGGUUUUUGCACAUGUGAAGAUGCUGCAGCUUCUCUAAAAUGGCCGAAGUUGGUUUGUAAAGAACGAAGGUUCAAGAUAUUUGACUUGGCCAUUGGGGCUCUCUCUGGAAUAUCAAAUUCUGAGGUGCCCGUGGUGCAAGCGGUGUAUGCUAGUAUGAAGGGAUUGAUCAAAAUACAUAAUCCCAGCGUCGUCAUCACAGUGGCCGACAUUGAUCCUAAUGUAAAGAAGGCUUUGAAAAUGGCAUCAGAGGCUAACUUGAAUGGUACAACACUGAUUCUUUUACCAAGGCCUUCCAUUUCAAAAGUUCUUUGGAUGGCUGAUCUUCGACCAACAGCACUUCCAAAUUGGAACAAGAUGCGAGUUUCAGUCAACAUUAUCACUCAAAACCGUGCUAACUCGUUGACAAGGCUUCUCAAAUCGCUCAAAGAUGCAUAUUACCUAGGGGACGAGAUACCUAUCAGCUUCAACAUGGACAGUAAAGUGGAUGAGGAAACAAUAAAAUUAGUAAGCUCAUUUGAGUGGCCCCAUGGCCCCAAAAGCCUCAGAAGGAGAAUCAUCCAAGGAGGGCUAAUACGAGCAGUCAGCGAGAGUUGGUAUCCAGCUUCAGAUGAUGAUUAUGGACUCCUACUCGAAGAUGAUAUCGAAGUCUCUCCAUACUACUACCUAUGGAUCAAAUAUGCCCUCCUAGCGUACCACUACGAUCCACAAGUAUCGCUACCCGAACUAUCCUCGAUCUCCCUUUACACACCUCGGCUAGUCGAAGUGGUGAAAGAGAGGCCUAAAUGGAAUGCAACAGAGUUCUUCAAGCGGAUUCAUCCAAACACGCCUUACCUCCACCAACUCCCCUGCAGCUGGGGAGCAGUUUUCUUCCCCAAGCAUUGGAGGGAGUUUUAUGUUUACAUGAACACAAGGUUCACUGAGAAUGCGAAAGAGAACCCAGUUCAGAUCCCCAAAUCCAGAACAAACGGUUGGCAGGCAUCAUGGAAGAAGUUCCUAAUCGACAUGAUGUACCUAAGAGGCUACGUAAGUCUGUACCCUAACUUCCCAAAUCAAGCCAGUUUUUCAACAAACCACAUGGAACCAGGCGCUCACAUAAGUGCAAAAGACAACGUGGUGAAGCACAAGAAGGAAGAUUUCGAGGUUCCAUUACUGAAAGAAAACUUUGCAAAUUUCUUACCGAAUGGGAAAUUGCCGGCGGCUUCGAGACUGCCGUCGCUGAACCUCUUCAACCAGCCGGUUUCGCUGAAGGGACUCAAGUCCGCCGGAGCGAAGCUAGGGCAGGAUGUGCUGAAAUGCGGCGUUUCGGAGAACGUAGCGGUGGAUCAACAGACUGGUCUGCCUUCGCACUGUGCAAAAUUCUGAUUCGUUCUUGAUGAUGAUUCUUUGCUUCUUUUCAACGAUUCAUUUUUCUGUGAUUCCGUUCUCCUUGGAUCUGUGAUAGGGGGUGGGUGGAAUUUGCUUGUAAUCAUUCUCUUUUGUUGAAAUCAAACCAAGGGUUCUUACUUACUAUCAAUGGCCAAAGGCCAAUUCAUCAAAAUAAAAUUUGUAUUUAAAAACUUAUAAAAAAA